AAGGAAAAAGUCCAAAAUCAGGUUUUAAAAAUGCCUAAUAAAUAGUGCACGCUUUCUCUAUGAUUUCGUGAGUAGAUAAUCGCCACCCUGUAUUCCACUUCUUUAGCGAUUAAUGACGAGGUUUGAAGCAAAUGCAAGACUGGGAAUGCUUUGAUGAAGAAGGUUGUGUUUUUUUGGGGGGUUGAUUGAGAUUUUUCUCUGUUUGUUCGGGCUGAAUUUUCAGGUAAAUUCAUUGUUUCUGCAAAUUGGAGAUAAGUUUGAGGAGGAUAGAGGAUUUUUUUGGUUGUGGAAAUUUCCUUUCUGGGUUUGAAUUGUGUUACCUGGAUUCAGAGCUGGUUUGGUGUUGUUUCACGGGGUUUUGAUGGUUCAAAUUUGUUUUGGCGGUUUUCAGUGAUGUUUUUGAAAGAUUUUGAGUGAUCGGAAAGUUUUUUGUGGUCAGAGGAAUUGUUGAUUUUUGCGCCAGGGAAUCGGAUGUACGGCUCGGGUUUCGGCCUAUGAUUUGGAAGCGUUUCCAACCAAGUGGUUUUUUAAGCUUUUGCGAAUUCCGACGGGAGAAUCGGCGGUACAUAGAUUUCGAUCAGUUCAAUUUUGUUGCAGAGAAUAUUAAUGAUUGGCUCGUGAGUUUUUUAUGGGAUGGCCAACGCGCACAGGGUUUGUGCAGGAUUUUGAUUUGACAGCGGGGUUUGCACUGUGGUUGGGGUGGCACUGCAUGCGAUGGAUGAGUUGUCAUGUAUGCAAGAAAAUCGAUUUCCUCAGUUUUUGCCGCUGAAGACGAUGGAAAGCGAGGCCAUUUUGUGAAGAUUCCUAGGGCUGAAUUUUGGUCUGUUUGAGGAUUUGCUCGGGCUUGGUACUCUAUACGGCUGUGCUUGAGAGUCUGGAGGUUCUCCUGUGAGUUGUCUGCAAGAAGAUUUUUUAAAUUAUUUUUUGUCUAUAAGAAUGGGAUUCAUCUUGUCAUUGGAAUCCUUUCAUGCAUCUCUGAGGCUUAUUUCUUGGAUUCUUUGAGAGGACGGAUAAAAUAAUCUGGUUUCCUUCAUAUUUGCAACGCAAUGGAUGAUUACAAGUACCAGAGACGGAGAAAUAUCAAGUCUUUGUUGCUGGGAAAGUCCGGCUUUAGUAGCAGGUUCCAGUCUUCGCCAGAAAAUUCAUUUCGUGAAAGGAAUGGUCAAGCUGAAGCAAAUUUAAGGAAAAGUUCAAGUCAAGGCAGGGACAGUGCAAGUUCAGAAGGAACAUCAUCACAGGGGUCUGUUAUAGGCAAGAGGAAAAGCCCCCUGGUCCGAUCUUUGAGCUGGAUAAAGUGGAAUUUCUUGAGCUCUUUGAGUAUCAAAAUGAUCGAGCAGCGGAAAUCAGGGUUUGAGUAUUUGGAAAAAGGAUUCGACGAAAUGACUGUAAAGGAAAAUAUUGAAGCUCAGUUAUGCAAAGAACCUGUAAAUAGGUCUUCUCCGACAAGUAAUAGUGAAGAUGCUGAGGAAUGUGCGAGUUUGUGCUGCGGUUCUGAAAAUAAGCUUGAGGAAAGGGAAAUAAGCUUAUGCGAAAAAGAAAAAUGUGGAGCAGAUGAUGAUGUGGAAGAGGGUUUUGAGCAGAAGGCCCUCCAUGGCUACCUUACGGAGGAACAUGUGUCCUACAGGAAGAAAGAUUUGAGGCGCUUCCCACCUCCGCUUCCUUCUCUCGCGCGGACAGGUAAUUUGCCAUGCCACAUGCCCUGGGUGCACUUGAGAUCCUAUAAGAGAGAUGGUAGGCUAGUUAUACAGGAGGUUAAGGUUCAGCAUCAUGAGUUUUUUAGGGCAAAGCGCUCCAAUGGCCGCCUUAUUAUGCAUUUAGUACAACAUGAUGAAGGAAAGAUCAGAGCUCACCAGGCUGAAAAGGUCAAAGCAGAGCCCCAGAGGACCGGUAUUGGUCCGCCAGACCGGGAUUCUGUUGGCGAAGCCAAGGAAAACGAUAGAAUCGAAAUUGAAGAAGCGCCUGGUGAAACGAUGGAUGUACUUUUACAUAAUGACGGUGACAAAGACGGGGCUGAAGAGGUGCGUGGUGAAACCUUUGGUUUACUUCAAGAAGAUAAUGGUGAUAAAGAUACAGUGGUUGAGAAGGAUGAAGUUCCAGGAUUUAAUGGGGAUUUUCAGGAUCUGAAUAGGUACGGAGGUCAGGAUAACUUUCCAGCUAAUUUUGGUACAGAUGAAAGGAAAGCGAGACUUUCUCAUCCAGUAUGCAUUCCUGUACAGCAGUGUUACCCAGCAAUAGGCUUAGAAAGCCCAAUAGGAUGUUGUGCAACACCACUGAAUUCCUUGUUUGAAAGACCCAUGACAGCCAUUAGGCCAAUUCGCAGCUAAAAAUAUUUCCAUUCUAUUCAGGGAAUCGACAAUUUUGUAAAAUCUUGGUUGCAUUCGGUACACACAAGUAGUUCCUGUGUUUAGAGUGAUGUCUCCAAUCUAAGUUUCUAGGUUUUUCCAAUUUCAGAAACUGUCAGAUCAUUUUUAACCCACAUCAAGUCAAUGUUUAUAGAUAUGGUUAUUAGA